AUGUGCGCCCACUCACUGUACCUUCGAAGUGCUCGUGAUGUCGGCGCGUCGGAGGGGUCAGUGCCCGUUGGCUCCGCUCAAGCUGUCCGCGAUUACAUCGCCUACCUUCAGUACAGCGACCUUCGCAAGCAGCUCGCUGCGGAGCUGGCAAAACCCACUGCCGCGAUGGGCGCUACCGUCACGGGGGCUCCUCGACCGCCAGUGGCUUCUUCGAUCGGAGUUCCGCCACCGGAGCAUGGUCUGCGAGGAGAUGGAGCACGAGAAGUAUGCGAUACGGCGCAGUCCUGGCUGUUCCCAUGGGAUGAGGAUGAAAUAGGCCGCGACGGCGCUCAAGGCUACGUUGUACAGCCCCUUGACUGCGAUCGCGCUUACGCGCUUCACGCGAACCGGCUGCGGCACUGGUUCACCGCGGCGGAACUGGCCUCUUUUCGCGGGGAGACUGUUCUGGAGGAUGCUGCACUUGCAGGGACGGGCGGUGGUCGUCGUGGUCGGUCACCUGUGGCGGCGACAGCGAGCGCGUCGAUGCUUCCGUUCUCUACUGCUGCUCUUCCGCUGGAGCCGCCUCCUCCAGCCGUGGCCCCAGCAGACGCACCAGAGAGCGCGCACCACCCAUCCCACUCGCCGCAGAGUUUUGCUGCGACGCCAUCCUCGUCGUCGUCCGCCUCUUCCGCUUCUCUUACGUCUUUCGUGUCGACAGCGUCUCUGGAGGCGUAUGAGAGCGCGGCGCGAGCUACCAGCGGCGUUGAUGGCGGCCCCCACGAUCGGCGCCAACGGACGUACCUUGGCGAGGAGCUCGGUUACGGUGAGUUCGUGGCCUUGGGUGAUCCGGAGGGCCUUUUUUUCAUCGAGCAUGUUCUGUUGGCACACGAACCGACGCAGGGUGCGACCCCUGCGUCGACAGCGGGGGCGCGGUGGACGAGUGGCAAUUCAGACAAGGUGACCGAGGACAGAGAGCAGGGUUUGACAUCGCAGAGCUCACAAGGUGUCCGCUCCGCUCCGGAAGCGUCAGGGAAGACUGCCGCAAGUAUGGCGGCGGCCUCUGCGGCACCGCUCCCGUCGCAUGUUGAGCCGAUCGUCACGCUAACAGCGCGUCAGCAGUGUCGCCUGCUGGAGCUCAUCUCUGUUGCCGAUUUUAUGGGCACCCAGUCGCUGGUGGAACUUUGUGCGACGUACCUGGCAGCAUGGCUCGUGAACCGCACGGACGAAGAAAUCGUGCAGUCCUUCCUCACGACGGCAGGCCCGAGUAGUGCUGCAGCCGGUGCGGGCGCGUCCUCUGCGCCAACGUCAUUCAAGGUCACGAGCGCCGCAUCCUUCAACGAGCCUUGGAUAGCGCCGUUGCUGAGAGACGACGUUGCGCCCGAGAAGCCUGGCGAGGCUACCAGCAUGUCACUCCCGUCUGCAGGCGUGCCAGCCAUGUUUGGUGUGGUCAAGCCACGCAUGGAGACGGCGACAGCUGCUGCGGUGAAGAAGCGGAACGCCGCUGUGCCAAAACAAGCGGGCAAACUAAAGGGCAACCAUGCCGGCUCAACGGACGCCACCGCUGCGGGGCCUUUGAAGUACGCUGGAGGCGAUAGGGGCACCACCACUGCGUCAGCCGCCGUUGACCCUGUGCACGCACCUCUCCUGCUGACAGACGAUCGACGACUAGUGCUCCUACGGCAGAUGAAGCGUGACAACUCCAUUAUCGUGUCACCAUAUUGA